AUGGCAGCUGAUCCUAGCUAUUCACUAUGUCUACUAGGAGUAAUGGAUCGUCUUUGGUUUCACGACAUUAUUUUGUUCUCAGAACCCGCUAGUGCCCCUAAAACCCUUAAACAACCACAGCUCGUGAGAACAGAAUCACCUACUUGCCCAUCAUCAAGCACCACUCCUUCUGAUGAAGAAUUUUUAUCAUCUACUUCAGUACCUCUCUUAGAAGACGUGCAAAUAUCUCCUGCAGAAUCACCUACAACCACUUUGCUGGAUGACUACAGCAAUGAAGAAGAAGACGAGGAAGAUAAGGAUAUUAACAAGAAAGAAAGGCUAAGAAGAUUGAAUCUUACUACAAGCAGAGCUCAUUCACAUCCUUCGUUACCAUCAACUCAAAACCGUCCCAAAAUUUUUAGACGUUCAGGAUCAUUGACGAUCCUGCCCAAAUCCAUGAGCUGCAGGAGCUUGGGAGAGUUGGAACUUGAAGAAGUUAAAGGGUUCGUGGAUCUUGGUUUCAUAUUCAAAAAAGAAUACUUGAGUCCAAGAAUGAUGCGUGUAGUACCCGGCCUGCAAAGACUUGGACUGUUUUACAAACAUCAACAGAAUACAAAUCUCAGAGACAGUGAGGAAGUAGCUGAAGAUCAUGAUGGACUAAUUAGAGAAGCAGAGGAAGACAAAGAGAAUGGUAUUAUUAGACCAUAUUUAUCAGAAGCUUGGCUAAUAAAGAGACCGGAUUCGCCGUUAUUAAAUCUACGGGUGCCAAGAGUAUCUACAGCUGCUGACAUGAAAAAACACCUGAAGUUCUGGGCCAGAACCGUUGCAUCUGAAAUUCAGCAAGAAUCUUGA